GUACACCACGAUCCGAAGGAGAGGUAUUAUCAUCUUCAAACUUGAAGCCCUUCUCCUUCAUGGAGUUAAUGAACGCCACGCGAAACUUUAGACCCGACAGUCUGCUAGGAGAAGGAGGGUUCGGGUACGUUUUCAAAGGAUGGAUUGAUGAACUCACUCGUUUGGCUACGAAGCCCGGGUCUGGAAUGGCGAUUGCUGUCAAAAAGCUUAAACCGGAAGGUUUUCAAGGCCACAAAGAAUGGCUGACAGAAGUAACUUACCUUAGUCAGCUGCAUCAUCCGAAUCUGGUGAAACUUAUUGGCUACUGUUCAGAGGGUCAUAACCGGCUUUUGGUUUAUGAGUACAUGCCUAAAGGAAGCUUGGAGAAUCAUCUUUUUAGAAAGGGUCCUCAACCACUUCCAUGGGCGACAAGACUCAAAGUGGCAAUAGGUGCUGCAAGAGGCCUAGCUUUCCUUCAUGAUGCUAAAGACCAAAUUAUAUAUCGCGAUUUCAAGGCUUCGAACAUCCUUCUUGAUGCGGACUUUAACGCAAAACUAACCGAUUUUGGAUUAGCUAAAGCAGGGCCGACAGGUGAUAAGACUCACGUGUCGACUCAAGUGAUGGGUACACACGGGUACGCGGCCCCAGAAUACGUUGCCACAGGUCGGUUAACAGCAAAGAGUGACGUACACAGCUUUGGGGUUGUUUUACUAGAACUACUAUCAGGUCGCCGUGCAGUAGAUAAAGGAAAAGUUGGUGUCGAGCAAGAUCUUGUCGAUUGGACAAAACCGUAUCUAGGAGAUAAACGAAAGUUGUUUAGGAUCAUGGAUACUAGAUUGGAAGGACAGUACCCUCAAAAGGGUGCCUACACUGCAGCGACACUUGCUUCACAAUGUCUUAACAAAGAACCGAAAGCCAGACCGCGAAUGUCUGAAAUUUUAGCCAGUCUAGAAGAGCUUCAAGACGCUAAAAAUGCUUCAAAAGAUCACCGAACAUUGUCUAGUCCAGUUCCUAGAUCACCGGUGGGUCAUCAUCGUCAACGACGUUCAACACCCACGGCAUCUCCGUUACCGACGCCGUGACAAAGUACCAGUCAAGUUAGAUGAUAAACAAACAAACAUAAGUUUUACAUGAGUUUUGUUGUUUGUA